GUAGGGAGCCUCUACUGCUGAGUCCUGGCCCUCCAAGGGGACCCUCGUGCCGAGUGCUGCCGUGCCGUGAGGACCUGUUUCUGAAAUGAAAGCCAUGCCUUGGAACUGGACUUGCCUUCUCUCCCAUCUCCUGAUGGUAGGGAUGGGCUCUUCCACUCUGCUCCCCCGGCAGCCACCCCCACCGUCCCCGAAGCGGUCUUUUGUCACGUUCCGUGGGGAGCCAGCCGAGGGUUUCAACCACCUGGUGGUGGACGAGAGGACAGGGCACAUUUACUUGGGGGCCGUCAACCGGAUCUACAAGCUCUCCAGUGACCUGAAGGUCUUGGUGACCCACCAGACAGGGCCGGAUGAGGACAACCCUAAGUGUUACCCACCGCGCAUCGUCCAGACGUGCAACGAGCCCCUGACCACCACCAACAAUGUCAACAAGAUGCUCCUGAUAGACUACAAAGAGAACAGGCUCAUUGCCUGUGGGAGCCUGUACCAAGGCAUCUGCAAGCUUCUCAGGCUUGAGGACCUCUUCAAGCUGGGGGAGCCUUUCCACAAGAAGGAACACUACCUGUCGGGAGUCAAUGAGAGUGGCUCCGUCUUUGGAGUAAUCGUCUCCUACAGCAACCUGGACGACAAGCUCUUCAUCGCCACUGCAGUGGACGGGAAGCCGGAGUACUUCCCCACCAUCUCCAGCCGGAAGCUGACCAAGAACUCCGAGGCAGACGGCAUGUUCGCUUAUGUCUUCCAUGAUGAGUUUGUGGCCUCGAUGAUUAAGAUUCCUUCGGACACCUUCACUGUCAUCCCCGACUUUGAUAUCUACUAUGUCUAUGGCUUCAGCAGCGGCAAUUUUGUCUACUUUUUGACCCUCCAGCCUGAGAUGGUGUCUCCGCCAGGCUCUACCACAAAGGAACAGGUCUAUACCUCCAAGCUCGUGAGGCUCUGCAAGGAGGACACGGCCUUCAACUCCUAUGUGGAGGUGCCCAUUGGUUGUGAGCGCAGCGGGGUCGAGUACCGCCUGUUGCAGGCCGCCUACCUGUCCAAAGCUGGUGCCGUGCUCGCCCGGACCCUUGGAGUUCGUCCAGAGGAUGACCUCCUCUUCACUGUCUUCUCCAAGGGCCAAAAGCGGAAAAUGAAAUCCCUGGAUGAGUCAGCCCUGUGCAUCUUCAUCUUGAAGCAGAUCAACGAUCGCAUUAAGGAGCGACUGCAGUCCUGCUAUCGGGGGGAGGGUACGCUGGACCUAGCCUGGCUCAAGGUGAAGGACAUUCCCUGCAGCAGCGCGCUCUUAACCAUUGAUGAUAAUUUCUGCGGCCUGGAUAUGAAUGCCCCCCUGGGUGUGUCCGAGAUGGUGCGCGGCAUUCCUGUCUUCACGGAGGACAGGGACCGCAUGACUUCUGUCAUCGCAUAUGUCUACAAGAAUCACUCUCUGGCCUUCGUGGGCACCAAAAGUGGCAAGCUGAAGAAGAUUCUCCUCCACAAACACAUCAGCUGCUCAGCACAUCAGUUAUUGUUGGGGGAAUGUGAUGCUGACCAGCUCCCUUCCCGUGGUGACCCCAAGAAACCUCACGGCAGGGGCGCAGUGAAAAGGGAGCCCAAAGCGCCACCUCAGCCAGAAGCACCUAGAGGUGGAAUCAAGCUGCCCCACCCCCCACCCCGCACCCUGCUGUUCACCUCACCAGGUGAGGACUUCCAGAUCAGCAUGGGUGGGCCUCGGCUAUGA